CGACCUUCUGCAGUCGGUAAGAGGGAUAUGUUAGACAUUGUCCAUUGUAAAUCCUUUUUCAUCCUUCUUUAAAACAACACCCAGCACAACACAAAAAGACCCGGCUUCAAUCAAAUUUGACCGACCAGGUUAAAACAGACUAAAUUGAUCAUGUACGCCUGUGCAAAGUUCGUCUCCACGCCGGCUCUGGUCCGUGCUGGCUCCCGGGCRUUUUACAGACCCCUGUCUGCCUCUAUGCUGUCCAGGCCUGAGGUCAAUACAGAGAGAAACGUAGCCCUCAUGCCACAGAGCCCCUUCACCCAGGUAGCUCUCAGAGGCUUCCAGACCAGUGCUGUGAGCAGGGACAUUGAUACCGCUGCCAAAUUCAUUGGUGCUGGAGCCGCCACAGUCGGAGUGGCUGGAUCUGGUGCUGGAAUUGGAACAGUGUUCGGCAGUCUCAUCAUUGGAUAUGCCAGGAACCCAUCAUUGAAGCAGCAGCUCUUCUCCUACGCUAUCCUGGGAUUCGCCCUGUCUGAAGCCAUGGGCCUAUUCUGUUUGAUGGUUGCUUUCUUAAUCUUGUUUGCUAUGUAAAAAAAAAUCUGUCUAUAGGAACUGUAAUUACAGAUGUGACUACAUAUUUUAUCGUGGCUACCAAAAUUGUUCUGUGUUGGUGUCAUGGAAAUGUACAUUUUCAAGUCUGUCCGACACUCAAAAUAACAGAAACAUGUAUUGUAAAAAUGUAAGAAAUUACAUAAUUAAAAUGCAUGUAUUUGACUAGUUGACAUAUGGCAGUAUGUUUUCUAUGUAAGGAAUCAUGUUUCACCACAAUCAAGAAACCAACUAGCUUCUAUUGAAUGUCAACAUGGGAUUAUACAAAGGAACUGCUUAGACUUAAUGUAAAUCAGUCUGGUGCAUUUGCCAUUUUCAGUGCAUCGUGUUCGCUUCUGUGUGUCCACAUUUAUGUUGUCUUUGGUUCAAGUGCAGGUCAAUAGCAUUCUGUAAGUAGGCAGCAAGUGGGCGCUUGCUCUUGUAAAUGGAAUUAAAUAAAUCUAGACCACAA